AUGGCGAAUCCAGGGCGAUUCCUCUGCAUAGCACUGCCUUUCCUGCUAACACUAGCAUCGCUCAUCUCGAUGCUAGUAGCCGGCCUGGCAGGCGUCGCCGACAAGAAGCUAUACAUGUUCCGCAUCAACACAACCGACCUCGAGAUCUCGCCUCUCAACGUCCAAAACAUCCUCAACCAAGCCGGCGUCAACAUCCCCAACAACGUCAACCUCGACAACAUCAACAUCCCUAACAACGUCAACCUCGACAACAUCAAUAUCCCCAACGUCAAGAUCGACAUCGACAAGCGCCAGUCUCAGUCCAAGAACAUCACCGCCGCGGACCUCGGCCUCCACAACCUCUACGACAUCUCCAUCUUCACCUACUGCUACACCGACCAAUCCGGCGACCGUCACUGCCCCAAGCCGGCCUUCAACUGGGCCCGCUCCGCACUGAACACCACUCCAGGCGACUUCAACUCCCUGAUCACUACCACCGGCCUCAACGUCACUUUACCCGAAGAAAUUACCUCCGCCAUCCGCGUCUUCACUACUGUCUCCCGCUGGACGCAAUACAUCUAUAUCGCGGCAAUCGGCGCCCUCGUUGUGGAACUCUUCUUCGGCCUCUUCGCGAACUGCUCGCGGGCCAUGAGCUGCGUGACGUUCCUCGUUGCGGGCGUCGCCGCCGUCCUGGUCGGCACCGCCGCGGCGAUGGCGACCGCCACAGCUGCGACCGUCGUCGGGGCGGUCGAGGCCUCCGCCAAAUAUUACGGCGUCGACAGCAAGAUCAACACGCGCUUCCUGUCGGCGGUCUGGUUCGCCUUCACGUUUGCCGCCGCCGCCGCCCUGUUCUGGUGCUUUACCAUCUGCUGCUGCAAGCCGGAUCGGUACAAGAGCGCCGGCGGCGGGGUUAGGCAUCGCGAUGAGAGCGCCUCGGAGAAGUUUAUCCCACUUGCCUCGGGAGCGGGCGCGUCGGCCAAGGGCUAUCAGCGGCUUAGUGAGGCUAGCCUGGGCGAGAAUGGGAAUACGGGGUAUUAUGGCGCCGGAGGGUAUAGUGCCGGGUAUCCAAGGCAGUAUCCGGAGCCGGUGGCAUAUGGGGCGCAGAGGGAGAGUGCUUAUGAGCCAUAUUCGCACGUAAGGACGUAG